AUUUCCUCAAUGUGUGGACUGAAGCCUCCAUUAGUUAGUUAGCUUUAGACUUCCGGCAAACAAAUCUCUUUUGUGCUCCUGGACACGCGUCAGCAGAACACUGCGCUGCCUAUGAUUUGAGUCUGUUUUUGACGCUCAAGACUGGAUACACAACAACGAUGGACGUGUGGAACAUGAAUAUUUUGUGCUUGAAAGAGAACGUUCUGGACAGACUUUCUCUGCUGUUGGACAAUUCCACCUGCGGAUGGAGACAACUGGCCUGUGCUGCUUCACAGGAUCCUAAACUCAGUUGUAGUGAGAGUGAGCUGACCAACUGCUCUCUUCGGGUGUUGAGUCCAUCUGGCAGCCCUGGUCGAGCCCUCCUGACUCUGCUGGCUGAUCGGGCCUGUGGUCUGAUGUCCCUGCUGACCUGUCUGAGGAAGAUAAACCACCAGGAGGCAGUGACCCUCAUCACCACUUCAUUGAUGGAGACGAUAUUGAUCACAGUGGAGCCUCAGUCCCAGCAGGUAGCCACGGGAGCUAAAGUGGUUUUGUCCUGCAGAGCUUCUGGACCUCCUGGACUCAGUUAUCAGUGGUUCAAAAGCAGAGAACAGAUUUCGAUUGGGACCACACCUGAUCUGGUUCUGGGUCCUGUCACUCAGUCAGAUGCGGGUCACUACAUUUGCCGUGUCAAUCAUGGAGAUAACUGUGCGUUCUCACAGUGGGCUCAUGUUCGCUUGCUUCAAUCUGCUGACCCAGAUACAGGCAUGUUGUGAACUCAAUUAACCCUAUGGGCCCUGCUCUCUCUCUCUUCAUCUUUUUUUUCUCUUAUUCCAGCCUGCAGCAGUAGUCUGUUUCCAGGGUCAGUAAGUGGUCUGUGUUUCCUUCACCAGCCUUGCUCUACUUCAGUGUCGGAGGGGGAUUCUCUGACACUUGAAUGCAGAGCAAUAGCAAACCCCCCGCCCCAAUAUGAGUGGUAUCAUGACACUGUUGCCCUGCCACAAAGCAAGACAUUUUCUCUCACAAUUCCGUGUGUGACCACUGCUCACAGAGGACAGUACACGUGUAAAGUCUUCAACUUGUACCACGAGGCGUGGAGUGACCCUGCAACCGUUUCUGUCGGGCCCAGCUCAGUCACUGAUGCCUCCUGGGUAGAAAUUGAUCGUGGUUCAGGUGCAGUAGAAUGUAAGCGGUCAACGGGUGCGCAGGGAGGAGAGCCUCUUAGACAAGUGGACAGCCUGUCAUUGGAAACCAAGACUUUCUAUGCUACAGAUAAAGUGGCACUGCUCAUGGGCAACAUGAGCUAUGUCCACCAUCCUCAGUUGUGCGCCCCAAUAGCCGAUGUCCAUGAGUUGGCCAACCUCCUGAGACAGAUGGAUUUCAAGGUUGUCUCUUUGCUGGACCUCCACUUGAACGAGAUGCAUGCUGCUGUGACCGAGUUCCUACUUCUGCUGGACCAGGGAGUUUAUGGCUUGCUAUAUUUUGCUGGCCAUGGCUAUGAAAACUUUGGAAACAGUUUCAUGGUCCCGAUUGAUGCUCCGACACGUUACACGUCCGAACACUGCAUGUGUGUCCAGAACAUUCUGACUCGAAUGCAGGAGAAAAAGACGGGGCUGAACGUUUUCCUGCUCGACAUGUGUCGCAAGAGAAAUCCCAAUGACAGCCUUUUAGUCCAGCCUGGACUCCUGAAGGUUACAUCAAAUAUAGUUUUUGGCUAUGCAACAUGUGCAGAUGCAGAAGCUUACGAAGUGAAGAGGGACGACGUGUCAAACGGUAUAUUUAUUAGCUUCCUCAAACACCGUGUUUGUGAGGAUGAGAAAGUCACGUUCAUGCUGGAUAAAGUUGCAGAGGACAUGGGUCAUUGCUGCCUGACUCGAGGACGGCAGGCAUUGGAGCUUCGCAGUAAUCUGUCUGAGCGACGGUCACUGACCGACCAAAUUAACACCCAGGAUUGCUGCGCUGCAUAUUCAGCCCGCAACGUGCAGUGGGCUGUGGCUCAUGUCCUGCCUGAUAGCCGCUUUGUUGAGUUUGACUGCGGUGUGAAGGUUCAGCUUGGAUUUGCUGCUGAGUUCUCAAACGUCAUGGUCAUCUACACUCGAAUACUGGAUCAACCGGGAGAAAUUGUUUCCUGUUCUGCUCAGCUGACUGAUUUCCCAGAGGAUGUUGGUGUAAACUUGAAAAAAACCAACCAGGACACUUUGAUUGAAGCAGGAAGUUUGUGCUUGAUCAAGGAAAACUUUCCUUCACAUGACACUCUGGUGCUCUACACACGUGUUCAACAGCUGCAGAGACUGGAGGGAGAGCUCAUCUUUACAGUGUGUCUUCAUUACACUUACUCCAACAUUGAUGAAGAGGUGCAGGAAAGAAAGACAGUGUCCGUUGGGAAGCCACUGGUUUCCAAGCUGAACCUCCAUGAAGCUCGGCCUGCCUGCACGCCUUCUGGACCUUCAGACUUCGCGCAAGACUCCUCUUCUGCUCUUGAGACUCUGUCCGGGGAUCGACUGGCUGAAGCCAUGAAAAUGUCUCCACUCGAUGGUUGAGGAUUGUCAGACGGAAAAACUGCAUUACCAUUUUUAGAUUGUUUAUCAAGUAUGUUAUGAAAACAAACUCUGGUGUUUGAUCAUUAAUCCAAACUCCAUAAGAUGUUUUUUUUUUUUUUCAAUUGUGGUAAUCAUAAUGCAUAAUGCUUUCCCUUCAUUACAGUGCAGCACAUAACAUUUGA